AAAAAGACGUAGAAGAAGAAGAACGUUGGUUAGCAUAAACAGCUAGCGUAUCUGUGUGUGUGUUAUCUUCUACAGAUUUAGCAACCCAGCAAGGCAAAUUCAACAAACAACAUUUCAUACCCGCGAACACAUCAAACCCACUUUCGGUUUCAUAUUCUGAAGGUCACUUUUCUCCUGGUACAGUAACACUGUAACACCACUGGCAGUCCUGUGACCCAAGAAAAUAAUGUGCUGCAGCUGAAGAUGGGUGGUAGUGGCUCCAAAUCCAAAGGAUUUUGGCCUUUUUCUGGCUCAGGUAGUACGGACGAUCCAACCAAAGAUGGAAGCGAGCAGUCAAUGGCGAGAGUACGAAGUUUCCCAGGCGCAACACCUUUUGUGUUUACUAGACGAAGCUCUAUGUUCUUUGAUGAAGAUGGUGACUUGGCCCACGAGUUCUAUGAAGAGACAAUUGUGACAAAAAAUGGACGUAAAAAAGCUAAGCUGAAGAGGAUUCAAAAAAACCUAACACCUCAGGGAAUUAUAAAGCUGGAGAUCCCUUGCAUCCAUGUAGAUUUCCCAGUUGUCCUCUGUGAAGCCUGAUGAUGCCUGAGCAGCGUCUCAGACAAGCCACUGUGUCAACUCCGUCCUGUGGUUUCCCCUACAGCUGGAAGCCUGAACCACCUUUUAAAACAACAUGAUCUCUUGAUAUAUUUGAUGCCCUUAUGUGGACAGGCUGAUGCAAUGUGUGCUGAGCCUCUGCAUGUGAUCUGUUUUGGCUUGUGUGCAGUUAGACACAGAAUAGGUCACCAGUGAGAUCUAGAGGGGUGCCAAGUUGGCAAAACCCUCUCAGUUUACAGAUCAUGGUUUGUGUGCAUGUACGUGUGAAUGUGUGUGCAGACACGGGAUGAAAUGUGACAGAGUCUGGGAUUUAUCGCAGCAGAUUGUUUUCUGGUAUGAUUCAUUGAACUCUAGGAGUUUGAGGAGAACGUAACCAGUUCUUCCCUCUGUCACGGUCAUAGCUAGUGCGGGAAAGUUUUAAGUGCACACUUUCUUUAUCCUUUUUUUUUUUUCGACACCAUCAUGACUUGCUUUUUUAUGCAUGGAACAAGAUCUGCUUAUCAGUAAAUAGCCUAGGGAGUUGACAAUCAGUGGCCGUCAAAAUCUGAAGUGGAUUAAUGUCAUAUGUUGGAUGGACUGGCUUCAAUGACCUCAGAGCCACACAUGUACACAGCAGCAGUGAGUCUAAUGAGAGAUCCUGUUGUUUUGUUUGCUGCUUUGGCAUAAUAUGUUUCACUUUUAAUUUAUUAUAACUGUUUUUUAAUUACAAUAUCAAAUGCUAA